AUGUUCACAGAUGGAUGGAUCUACUAUCAAUUCAGUCUUUACUAUGUUUCCACUGAGACGAAGAGCUGGACUGAGAGCAGAAGAUACUGUAGAGAGAGAGGAGCAGAUCUAGUGAUUAUAAAUGACAACAAAAAACAAGUGAGUGAAAGGUACUUGCUUAACCAUAUUCUGGGGGAUUUUGUAAAGAAAAUAUCCUGUGGAUCUCAAACCUGGAUUGGUCUGACUGAUAUUGAAGUGGAAGGCACAUGGAAAUGGGUUGAUGGCAGCACACUGACCUUUUGGUUCUGGAACUCUUAUGAGCCCGGUGGAUAUACAGAAGAGAACUGUAUUGUCACAAAUUCAGAGAUUGGGAAGUCGCGCCAGUGGGCGCUGAUGCAUGCGGCGCGGCAGCUGAAGGCGCUGCAGUGCUUGGUUGAGAAAAGGUAG